AUGUCUGAAUCAAUAGAUGAUGAUAAUGCUGCACUGAAAUCCACACAUGUUGAAAAAAAUGUUCCGCUCCGCUCAAAAAAGACAUCCUCUCGUUUGAACCUUAUUGACCGAAUCCGGGGAUACGGAAUCAGUGAAUACAUUUCACUGCCCCAACUAGUGGUAUGUGGUGACCAAUCAGCUGGUAAAAGCUCUGUCCUUGAGGGUAUCACCGGGAUCCCGUUUCCAAGACAAGAUGGCCUUUGCACUCGAUUUGCAACCGAAAUCAUCCUUCGUCAUGAGCCCAACGAAACGAAGUUCACCGCCACAAUUAUCCCCCAUCACUCCAGAGAUGACGAGACAAGAGACAAACUCAAAAGCCUCAAUCACCGGUUCAAGAGCUUUGAGGAGCUGCCCAGCAUCAUCAGGAAAGCGGGAGACCUGAUGGGGCUAUCUGCUGAGGCUGGAUCUGGGCCAACGUUUGCCUCGGAUGUUCUUCGGCUUGAACUUGUUGGCAAUACUGGCGUCCACCUGACUAUUGUGGAUGUUCCUGGGCUGAUCUCAGUCUCAGAAAAUGAAGAUGAUGUGAACCUAGUUGCAAGUCUGGUGGACUCAUACCUGCAAAAUUCCCGAACCAUAAUCCUUGCUGUUGUACCAGCAAGCAGCGACGUGGACACGCAAGCCAUUAUUCAACGUGCUCGAUUUUUCGAUAAGGCCGGCGAAAGAACAGUUGGAAUCAUCACAAAGCCCGAUCUUAUCAACAAGGGAACGGAGCCACGAGUUGCAAGGCUAGCAAAGAAUUGUGACAAGACCAAGCUGGCUCUGGGAUUUUUCCUUCUUAAAAACCCGGCCCCAAGUGAUCUCGCUGCUGGAAUGACCGGCGAGGAACGUCGCAAAGUGGAAGUAGAUUUCUUUUCCAAGGAGCCAUGGAGUAAACAAGGCUUGGAUCCUUCUCGAAUCGGCAUCGAGAAUUUGAAAUCAUUUUUACAGGAACUUCUUGACACUCACAUUGAGACAGAGUUGGUGAAGGUCCGCGAAGAAGUACAUGAACUGCUACAGCAGACUAACCAAGUUCUUGUUGAUCUCGGAAGUGAGCGUAAAACUGCCAAUCAGAUUCGGACAUUCCUGACAAGAGCCAGUACGGACUACUGCAAUCUUGUCCAAUCUGGUGUUGAUGGAGCCUACGACCUACAUUAUAGCAGCUUCUUCGAGGCAGGUAACCAGGAUUUGUAUUUCCGUCUCCGUGCUGCGAUUUACCAAAAAACGAGAGGUCAAGAGCUCCCCGGAACCUACAAUCAUGGGCUGGUCGCGAAAUUGUUUCAUGAUCAGUCGUCGCGAUGGCCCCAGAUUGCUAAAGAGCAUGUCCGCGAGACUUCGCAGUUGGUUUCCCGAUUUCUGGGAGCCGUACUACAACAAACAAUCAAGGAUCAUAAAGUCCGGGCCAAGGUUCAUCAGAUCGUCAACAAAGCGUUAGAAAAAAAUAUCAAGGCCGGAAUGCUUGAACUUGAAAAGUUGAUCGAAGACGAAGGUCGGCAUCCAAUCACGUACAACCGCUAUUACACCGAUGCCAUCCAGAAAUCUCGACAGGACCGCUCCGAUGAACUGCUCAAAGCAUCCGUGGGCAAUGCUCUCGAAAGCUAUAAGAAUACGACCGGUGAUCCAGAAACCAAAAAAAUGAGAUUGAUUUCGACAGUUCAGGGGCAAGUAGUAGUUGAUAUGAAAGAGCAGGUGUGUCUGGACGCUGAAACGGACUUGAAUGCUUACUACAAGAUAGCAUGCAGGACAUUUGUCGACAAUGUCUGCCGGCUGGUCAUCGAGCGACACAUUCUGGCGAAAUUGAACGAAGCCUUCAACCCCACGACCGUCAGUUCAUAUGCGGAUGAUGAGCUCAUCUCUCUUGCCCAGGAGUCCCCUCAGGUUGCCACCGAACGUUCCGGUGCAAUGAAUCUUCGAGAUGCAUUGGAACGUAGCUUGAAUGAUUUGAAAGCUUAG